ACCAUCUUCCCCUAGCGGCGACGGUAGACAGCCAGUCCGCUCCCUGUUUGUAACAAUUCUCUGCACGAUCUGACAAAAUGACCUCCACGAUCGACCCCAAGGCUAUCGGAAAGCCUGCGCCAAAGCGCAAGCACGCCCGUACCCUCACAGGGUAUCUGCCUGAGGUUGACGAGUCUGGUCAGGAGAAGUGGCCCAGAGGCGAAGAGAAAGUGUGGAAGGAAGGCACUCGUGGCCCUGAUCGCGACGUGUCUACCAUUACGAAGUCCUUCGUGAACCAUGUCCACACGUCGCUCGCGCGCCAGGCGUACAACCUCGACGACCUCGGUGCUUACCAGGCGGCAGCGCUGUCCGUCCGCGACAACCUCAUUAUCAACUGGAAUGCGACUCAGCUGAACUUCACUCGCAAGUCACCUAAACGCGCGUACUACCUCUCACUUGAGUUCCUCAUGGGACGCACCUUCGACAACGCGCUCCUCAAUCUCGGACUCAAGAAAGAGUACAGCGAGGGCGUCAAUCAGCUCGGCUUCAACCUCGAGGACCUCCUCGAGAAGGAGCGCGACGCAGGCCUCGGCAACGGUGGUCUUGGGCGUCUCGCUGCGUGCUAUCUUGACUCGUCUGCAAGCCAGGAGCUCCCUGUAUGGGGCUAUGGCCUUCGCUACCAGUUCGGCAUUUUCCAGCAGCUGAUUGCGCCUGAUGGCAGCCAGCUUGAGGCCCCCGAUCCGUGGCUCCAGCACGACAACCCGUGGGAGCUACCGCGCCCGGACGUCUCAUACGAAAUCCGCUUCUACGGGCACUCGGAACGCCUCGAUGGCAUGAAGGCGGUUUGGAGCGGUGGGCAGGAAGUCCUGGCAGUUGCGUACGAUACCAUGAUACCUGGUUAUGACACGAAGAACACGAACAACCUACGUCUCUGGGAGAGUAAGCCCAAGCGUGGCUUCGAUCUCAAUAGCUUCAAUGCUGGUGACUAUGAACGCGCAAUCGAGUCUUCGAACAGCGCUGCUGCUAUCACCUCCGUUCUAUACCCCAACGACCAUACUACUUUCGGAAAGGAGCUUCGCCUCAAGCAGCAGUACUUCUGGACUGCAGCUAGUCUCGCUGAUAUUCUCCGCCGAUUCAAGAACAUCGACAAGCCCAUUACCGAAUUCCCUGAACAUGUCGCGAUUCAGUUGAACGAUACCCACCCAACGCUCGCGAUUCCCGAGCUCAUGCGCAUCUUGCUCGAUGAGGAAGACGUUCCAUGGGAUGUCGCCUGGAAUAUCAUCACCAACACGUUCUUCUUCACGAAUCACACCGUCCUGCCCGAGGCCCUCGAGAAGUGGCCUAUCCCACUCAUGGAGAAUCUCCUCCCAAGACACCUGCAGAUCAUUUACGACAUUAACUUGUUGUUCCUGCAAGCUGUCGAGAAGAAGUUCCCCGGCGACCGGGACAAGCUCGCUCGCAUGUCCUUGAUUGAGGAGGGCUUCCCGAAGAACGUCCGCAUGGCUAACCUCGCUGUUUUAGGCAGUCGCAAGGUCAAUGGUGUUGCAGAACUUCAUAGCGAGCUCUUGCAGGCGACGAUCCUCAAGGACUUCGUCGAGUUCUACGGCCAGAGCAAAUUCUUCAAUGUUACCAAUGGAAUUACUCCUCGCCGCUGGCUCGACCAGUGCAACCCGGGCUUGAGCAAUCUCAUCCACGAGACGCUGCGCAUUCCGAAAGCUGACUUCCUCAAGGAUUUGUACAAGCUCGAAGGCAUCCUCGAGUACAUCGACAACCCGAGCUUCCAGAAGAAGUGGGUCGCCGUUAAGCAGAGUAACAAGGAGCGCCUUGCAAACUAUGUUGAGAAUACUCUUGGAUAUAAGGUCAACACGCAGGCGAUGUUUGACGUGCAGAUCAAGCGGCUUCACGAAUACAAGCGGCAGACGAUGAACAUCUUCGGUGUUAUAUAUCGAUACCUCACCAUCAAAGCAAUGACGCCGGAGGAGAGGAAGAAGGUCAACCCUAAGGUCGUGUUCUUUGCUGGCAAGGCCGCUCCGGGCUACUACAUCGCGAAGCUCACUAUCCGACUGAUCGUUAACGUCGCCCGCGUCAUCAACGCUGAUCCGGACACGAAGGACCUGCUCACUCUCUUCUUCCUGUCCGACUACUCUGUCUCGCUUGCCGAAAUCCUCAUCCCCGCGUCGGACAUCAGCCAGCACAUCUCGACUGCCGGCACAGAAGCCUCGGGUACGUCGAACAUGAAGUUCUGUCUGAACGGCGGCCUGCUACUCGGCACCGUUGACGGCGCAAACAUCGAGAUCGCAGAGGAGGUCGGCGAGAGCAACGUCUUCUUCUUCGGGCAUCUUACGCCCGCGGUCGAGGACCUCCGCUACCAGCACAUGUACCACCCGCAGCCAAUCGAGCAGAAGUGCCCCAACCUCGCGCGCGUCUUGAACGAGAUCUCGUCUGGCCGCUUCGGCGACGGAGGCGUUUACGAACCACUCCUCAAUACCAUCCGCAACGUGGACUACUACCUCCUCACCGAGGACUUUGACUCCUACAUCCAAGCCCUGGCAAACGUCGACAACGCGUACCAGAACCGUGUGGAAUGGAUCAAGAAGAGCAUCACCACGACCGCGAAGAUGGGCAAGUUCAGCUCUGACCGUGCCAUCAACGACUAUGCGCAAGAGUGCUGGAACAUUGAGAGCCUUCAUCUCAAGUGAAUUCCUUAGAUCUCCUGCAUCAAUACCUUAACCUGUACCAGCUGUCUUGGAGCUCUCCGCUGCUGUAUGUACUUGUAGCCACCAGGUCAGUAAACAAAACAUGUAUGAACAUGAGAUAGCCUGCGGUAGAAAUGUAACACGACUGCGGUGGCCUUCAAAACGACAUAGCACAGCGCGAGGCAGAAUAGUCCGUAAGAUGAGAAUGGUUGUCUUCCUAUACAUUCUUAUUACCGAUUAUCGAUGAAGCGACGGCGAAACGACGCGAAGCAGUAGCAUAGCAAGAGGGAGAGAUGGAGAGCGGAACGCCAAUGCGGGCGGCAUGCGGGCAGAGGGAAUAGUGGAGAGGGUAUAAGAAGUAUAAACAGGUAUCCAAGGGGCCAUGGGAGCUAUCCACGCUACUGGAUGGCGAAAAUGAAGUUAAACUGAGGCUUCCUCUAUAUGGCUGUGGGGAUCUCGGGUAUCAUCAGCCACUUGUGAAGGAGCCUUAGCGUGGUGCAACAACCCAUUCGCCUGCGUAGCCUCCUUAGCUUCCACCUCUGGCACGGUGUCGUGCGUAACAGUCUCCGACACGGGCUGUAUGGGUUGAACGGCAGCUGUAGCGGCGCCCGCAACGGCCGCAGGCUCCGAAACAAGUUCGGAGAACUCUGCGCCAGUCUCAGCCGCGAUCUCUUCCUCUACAGUCGGUCUAGGCUGCACGAUCGCUGACUUUGAAGGCUGGAGUUCGUCGCUGCUGUUGAGGUGUUCCGUAAAGGCUGAUACGACGGCAGGUCCGCCGGACUGUUGCGGCUCCCCUUCUACUGUCGAACCCUCUACGGUUUGUUCCUCGGCCUGUUCCUCGGCAGAAGACUCGACGUGGGAAGCCGUGGCAUCUUCGACGGCAGAUGCCUCCGGUUCUGGCGCAGCAGGCUCCUCGACCUGGGCAACCUCCGCAACGUGCGCGAUAGCAGCAGGCUCGCUCGAGCUGAGUGCGACCUCAGGUCCGGGGGUACCUCCGGUGAGGACAACGGGCUCAGGGGCGGGUGGCAAAGUCUUCUCAGUAGCCUCACCUUCCGCAGCAGGCGUGUCCGUGUCAGCAGGGAUAACAACGUCCUCGGCGUUCGCGGGCACAGAGACAGUAGGCUUCUCAGGAGCCUCGGCCUCUGUCUUGAUUGGUUCCGUAGCAACGGGCGCGACCUCGGCAGGGGCCUCUGGUGCUUCCGCCUCUACGACGGGUACAGCGGGGAGUGCCGCCUCGGCCUUGGCGGAUGGCGCCGGAGUGGUAGACGUCUGCUCCUCGACUGUUGGAAGUCCCAGUCCCUGCACAGGUUUCGCAGGCAAUUCCGGUGCUGUUGGUUGUGCACGCGCGACGGGCAACUCCUCUUCCUCGGGUAGGAUCUCACCCAGCUCGCCAAUACGCGGGCUCUUGUUGCUGCUCUUGGUGCCAGUCUUCUUCGCACCGCCCUUCGCGGGUUCCGCACGAUUCGCUGUGUUGAAGAAGCUGAAACGUUUCAUCGGAGGUGAGAACGUAAAGCUCUUGCGACCCGUCACGCUUGCGCUCGUUGAUGGGCGCGGCGACAUUUCGCGCCGCUCGGCGUUCGGAACGGGCGGAAGAGGCGGCGGGCUUGGGCGGCUGAAUGUUUGCUCGAUGACGAGAAGGCUUGCGUUCCAGGCUGAGUCCUUGAGCUGGCACACAACGAAAGACGGCCAGUCGAAGGAAAUGGGGUCCAACAAAGCGUCGCUCCAAAAGUCGAAAAAGGCUUCGUCGACUUGCACCAUGCUGACACGCUUGAUGGUGGACUUCGCCUUCGAAUCGGCGGCGGAGUCAGCCUGCCCAGGUGAUUUCCGAGCAGUAGGGUCAAGAGUCGUUGAACGACCUCUGGUCGGAGAGGGCCAACGUCUUAACGACCCAGACGGAUUGGUCUUCUCGGCAUCGGAGUCUGCUAGAGUAAGAGACAGGCUCUGGCCGAUGCUGCUGUCUCCGAAGCCAGUGGUGGAAAAGUCAGCCCAGGUUGUCAAGGACAGAGCAGUUCCGUUGUGAUCAUUACUCUUGCUGUCGCCGUUAGGGCUGCCAACGGAUGCAGAACGUAUGCGUACGGGGGACUCAGAUGGUUGUAGCAAAGACGUCGAAGGGGAAGACGUCGCGACAGAUCUGGAGGCGGGUGAGGGCGCAGAGCUAGAGCCUGGCUGGCCAGCAGGGAUCAUGGAGAGCAAGCGCAGCGUCUCAUCGUCCAAAAUCUCGCUGAGCGUUGGAUGAGCGCCGUCGAGCUCAUGAGUGUCGGAUGCUUUUGCCUUGAUGUCUUGCCAGACGGUGUUUGCUUCGCCGGCGAUAGCGGUAUCAGAUGCCACGGGGACUCUCAGGGCUUCGGAGAUAAGACGCAACGGAUGUUCCCGAGACGGAUAUGGAGAUGAAGGGGUGGGAAGCAAUGUGUCAAGCUGAAUGAAGAGCGCGUCGCGUUGACGUGUGGAGAAGCGAGUUGUAGGCAAGAGUGGCAGGUCGUCUUUCGAGCUUGCUGAUCCGCCUUCUCUGUGGUAGGGAUACUGCUUGACCAGCUCGGAUAGUCGCAACGGCAUCUUGUGACCGCUGUCUUCCUCCCUGAUGUAUGCUAGGAAGAGAUGCUCAACCAUCCGUCCAGCCUGUUCCCAUCUCUUGUAGAACUCUACCCAGCUCUCGCUGGGCUUUGCCCGCUCGGUAGAUACGAGCCAGAGGCCGAAGAGUUUGGAGAGCUUGCUAGCGGAUGUGCCAAUCAAUUCGCUGUGUGCAGCCAAGGAAGACAUGAUGUCCAAGAGAGCUGUCAAUAGCUGCAAGUGGACGGGCGGUAGCAAAGGGACAAGUGACUGUGAAAAUGCAUUGAGCGGAUAGUUUGUGUCGCGUUCAGCCGUUACAAAACUUCGAUACCACGACCAUUCGGGUGAUGGUGCGUCCUUUCCGAAUGAGGAGCCCUCGAGUCGCAGAUGUCGCACGCCCCAGCGAAGGAUACUCGCGAUAUCGUGGGGAUCACGAGUGUAGUUUAAUUCGGAUUCGAAAAUGGCGGAUAGAGAGGUGGGGGAAGGAGAGAGCGUACUAGCGGGACCUCUGGGUCCGAAGGAAAGAAUGAAAAGAGAGAUGAGCUUGCGCUGCACCUCGGGCGAGGCGGAGUACCAGUGCGGGUGCAUGAGACCGAGAGACUCGAGACCGCCUCGGUCGACGAUAGCACUGGAGCAUGCCUUGACCAGCAACGCAGCCUCCAAAGGGCUGAGUCUGCGGUCACCAAUGACCUCAUCCGUGAGUAGGCUGCUGCUCUCUGGGUCUGCUUCAAAGACCACACCAAGGGCACGACUCUUCUCUUCUUUUGGGAUGGGGAGGUUAAGGGUGAGAUGAGGCGCGGACGCAGACGCGACAUUGCUCGGUUGCGGUUUGUCGAUCGUACGCGACCGAUUGCGAAAGACAGCGAGCGAGCUCUCCUUCGCGCCUGCUGGCUGAGGCGGCUGUGGAUCUGAAGACUGCACGACCGAAGGCGAAAGGGGCGGUGAGACGACUUCAUAUUUACCCUCUAGGAGCGACGGGUGGGAUAGUCGCUUGUUCGUGGUCGAGGUCGAAGCGACGUCUUUCUCGUCCUUCUUACGUCCAAAGACCUUUGUUAGAAACGAGGGCAUCUCGUGGCUGAUUCCCGUUCAGAAUUAGAAAA